UUUCCUCUUAUUUUCUUUCUUGUGUCUCUUGGGAAAACCGCGUCCGACACGUGUCCGAAGUCCGCACGUGUCUCCUUCCUCUGUCCGCCAUUAAAGCUUAAAGCUCAAAAGCUCGUCUCCGAAGUUUGAUUUUUUCUCCUUUCAGUCUUUGCCUCUCUCUCUCUUUCUCCAACUGGUCUCUAAUCUUUAUAAGCUGGGAGAAGUCGAAGGUUAUUAAAAUAUACAAAAAAUUCAGAAUCUCAGCUUUUGAGUCUUGGAAUUCCCAUGUCUUUUCAUGCAAAUCCGGGUUGUGAUCCCGCUGACCUCGCAUUUCUCUCCCUUAAUCUUUCCCAGAAAAUAUACAAAUUCAGGUUCAAAUUUAAGGUCUAGUUCUCCGAUUCCUAAUCUGGGUUUUCGGUUUUCUUUUCCUUUCCUUUCAUUUUCUCUCGAGGAUUCUAGUUAGGUUCAAUGGGAGCUAAUGUUUCGUCUUCAAUGGCGGACGACGACGGGCCGCAGAGGCCGAGACUCGGGGAUAUACCGGAGAAUUGCGUGGCACUGAUUCUUACCUUCAUGGACCCACCAGAUGUUUGUAAAUUUGCCCGACUGAACAGGGCGUUUCGCGCGGCUUCCUCGGCGGAUUUCAUUUGGGAAUCCAAGUUGCCAUCGAAUUACCGGUUCAUAAUCGAGAAAGUGUUGGAGAAUUCGGAUAUGGUGGAGAAGUUGGGGAAGAGGGAGAUCUACGCUAGGCUUUGCAGCCCUAAUUCCUUUGAUGGUGGCUCUAAGGAAAUUUGGCUGGAUAAAAGUACUGGUGGCGUUUUUUUGUCGAUUUCCUCGAGAGCGUUGCGGAUCACCGGGAUCGACGAUCGGAGAUAUUGGAAUUUCAUUUCCACUGAGGAAUCUAGAUUCCAGACAGUUGCUUAUCUCCAACAAACCUGGUGGUUAGAAGUGGAAGGAGAGAUCGAGUUCCAAUUCCCCGCAGGAAACUAUAGCAUCUUCAUCCGACUCCAUCUCGGCCGACCCUUCAAGCGACUAGGACGUCGGGUUUGCAACUUGGAGCACGUCCAUGGCUGGGGCAUAAAGCCUGUAAAAUUUCAGCUCACAACUUCUGAUGGUCAACAUGAUGUGUCAAAAUGUUGCUUGGAUAAUCCCGGGAACUGGGUCAACUACCAUGUGGGAAAUUUUGUUGUUGAGGAUCCAAACUCUUUGAUGAAGAUCAAAUUUUCAGUAACACAGAUUGAUUGCACUCACACCAAAGGGGGUGUUUGUGUGGACUCUGUAUUGAUAUGCCCCAGCAGUGUAGGAAAAGAGGCUAGAUCAUUGUCGUAGGCUCAGAGCUGUAAAGAACAUUUGCUGUGAAGUAGAUGAUUUAUAGUAGCCCAAAGAGGAAGAAGAUCCUGAUUCUGGUCAAAAGGGGCAUCUACUGUGAUUUGAGGUAAAAGUGUAUAUGUGAGAUAUAAUUUUUUUUUUUUUUCCCUUCAAGAUUGUUGUUUUGUUGGUUGUUUUCCACUCCAAAACAAUAAUGAAUAUGUACUCUGUACCAUAUGAGAAAUAGCAUGCAGAUUGACGAAUAGUUUGUACUUCUGAUGAGCCUCUAUUGGAAAUUUAUUUGUAAAUA